UGAAGAAUAAAAAUAAAAACUACAGAAAAUGAGCGCUACCAGGUUUAUAAAGUGCGUGACUGUUGGUGAUGGUGCCGUUGGUAAAACUUGUUUGUUGAUUUCUUACACCAGCAACACCUUCCCAACGGAUUAUGUUCCAACUGUUUUCGACAAUUUCAGCGCAAAUGUUGUUGUCAAUGGGAGUACUGUUAAUCUGGGGUUGUGGGAUACUGCAGGACAGGAGGAUUAUAACAGAUUAAGACCCUUGAGUUAUCGAGGCGCAGAUGUGUUCGUAUUGGCAUUUUCCCUCAUUAGCAAGGCCAGUUAUGAAAACGUUUCUAAAAAGUGGAUUCCGGAGCUGAACCAUUAUGCCCCUGGUGUGCCUGUUGUUCUUGCAGGAACCAAGCUCGGUAGGUUUAUAAAAUUUCUUUCAUGUAAUGCUCUCGGUUGAGGAGUAUUUUAGGUAUCCAUGCAAUGGAAAGCCUAUUAAUCUUAUAACAAUUCUGUAUAGUUUGGCCUUUAUACUACGAAUUUUAGUGAUUCGUAAAUGACUUAUC